GCCGAGCAGCUCUCCGGACAGGACCGUCUCCUCCUCCUUUAUGUCACUUGUGUUUGCGCGCUGGCCAUUGGAACAGCGGCGCUGCUGGAAGGAAGGCUGCGGAGACGCUUCCGUCCGACUCCACGGUGCGGAGGUUUCCCGGACAGACGCGUGACGGCGCGGACUCUUAAUCCCGCUGAAUCCCAAUCCGACAACAGUCCGUGCCUCUGGAAUUAAGAUGAGCGCUCCUGCCGCUCGGCUCUCCUCCACAUAGCGCCGCAUUUCCCUGCUCCAGAUCCGUUUCAUGUGACUCCUGCGUACGAAGAAGGAUGACUGCCACCUUACCGCUGGUGAUUCUGUGCGCCUUGGCGACGUUAGCGCUGGCGUCCAAGACGGAGCGGGCUCUGAACGUUGAGUGCGACUCUGGCCAGUUCACCACCAGCGGGGAAUGCUGCAUGGAGUGUCCACCUGGAGAGGGAGUAGUGGAGGAAUGUGGCGCCGCUCAGACUGUCUGCGCUCAGUGUUUAGACAGUGAGACCUACUCGGAGAACUACAGCCACACGGAGAAGUGCAAGCCAUGCACUCAGUGUACCGGCCUGAUGCGGAUGGAGACUCCCUGCACCGACUCCAACGACGCCAAAUGCGUCUGCAAAUACAACUACUACUUCAACAGCGUCUCUGGACAAUGUGAGCCGUGCACUGUGUGCCUGCUGGGAGAGGGCGUUUACUCGCACUGCGACGCUUACCACGAUACCAUAUGUGAGGAGUGUGUGGACGAGACGUAUUCUGACCGGGAGAGCUACCUGGAACCCUGUUUACCCUGCACCAUCUGUGAGGAAGACAUCGAGACUCAGCUGUUUGAGUGCACGCCCAUCAGUGACUCCGUCUGCCACAACCCAAACAUGCCUACAGACUUCCCAAUGACAAACAGUGAUGCAUCGAAUUUUCCCGAUUACCCGGACCCGGAAGGCUCGAUCAGCCCGUUCCCGAGCGGAGAGACGACCACGUCCAGCGGCGGCGCUCCUCACUUUCUCGGCCGGGGCUUCAACGAAAACCUCAUCCCAAUUUACUGCUCCAUCCUGGCUGCUGGUGUAGUCGGCCUGGUGGCGUACUUCGUGUUUAAGAGGUGGAAUAGCUGCAAGCAAAACAAGCAGCCAGCUAAUAACCGUGCGGCUGCAAACAACCAGAUGGUGACACCGGAGGGAGAGAAGCUGCACAGCGACAGCGGCAUCUCAGUUGACACUCAGAGUCUGCAGGAGCAGCAGCAGCACGCACAGGCUGAAGCCCAGCCUCAGCCGUCACGCUCACACACACAGGAGCAAAUAGUGGUGAGGGUAGAUGGGAGCCCGCAGCCCGACUCGCCUCCACCCGAAGUCUAAGGAAGGAGGAAGAGGAAGACGAAUUGGAAGGGGGUGCCACGCAGAGAAUGUAAAAGCAAGACACUGAUUCAUAAUUCAAGUGGCCACAGAAAAACGUACACAAACCCUCCAAUAUGCUUGGGGCAGCCGACGGAAACUCCUCGUCCCUGCAUGCGGAGUCAGACUCUGUCAUAUAGCGUGCCUGGACACUGAAUCUAUGGCAAUAUCAAACAAGAACAAGUAUAACGACAUGCAACAUAGUUUUUAGGAGCUGCCAGAUUAACCUGUACUUCCCUUUUAACGUCUCAGUUUUUAAUUCCAUGUUUAUGCGUUUUUAAUUUUUUUUUUCUUUAUUUUUUCGGAGGGCAUUUUUUUUCUCCUCCCGUCUUUCUCUGUUGGCAUCAGAGAUACAAACCCAGCAGGGUGCCAUGAGCAAUUCCCAGCUGUUCCUGGAAUUUCUUCCUUCCCUUUCAUUUAAUGACCGAUGUUCAUGUCAUUGUUUGAGAACGGCUACAAGGAUUCACCCUAGUGACUCAUGUUUUGAUGAGACUGCUCAGUAAUUAACUCUUUUUUUUUUAAAUAAUUAGAUGGCUCUUCCUGUGUGUAACAGACAUAAACUCCCUCUCUAGCAGUGCCUCCAGGGAUUGUAUUUUAGCAGCUUCAUGUUCAUAAUGUUUGUCUCAUGUUUGUGUUUGUGCGGUUGUUUCAUUUCGAGGCUUUAGUUACACGUCCGAAUCAGCAGGCUGCCUUCGCUGGAUGUGCAACGCGAGAGGAACAUCGCUGGACUCGGCGCCGCUGCUGACUCACCGAGAUGAGUCAUCUGAAGGAAAACGGUGGGGGGGGGGAAUCCAUUUACAGAGCCAAAAAACAAACAAGCAAACAAAAAAGAAUCACGACUGCUAAUUAAACUACUUAAACGAGUUUGGGACUGGGAAAUAAAAAAUCAAAUCUGCAGGAGGAAUCCCAUCCACAAUCAUUCUUCGAUGAAAUUGGGACAGCCCUCAGAGGAAGCCAGCACUUCCACCUCCACAAUCUCACUCCUACCGUAAAACACACAGCCUUACUUACACAAAGCUUACCUGGGAGGCAGGUAGUAAUUACCUCAGGGUUUUAGCUUCAUUUACCCUCUGCUUGCAACACAAUUCCUGCUGAAGCCUCAAUGUGACAUCAUAUUUUCAUUUUCCAAGACAGAACCACCCGACAUUUACUGCAUGUCCCAGUUGAAAUCAAGCACUGAAGCACAGGCUUACAUCUCUGACCUGGUGGUAUCUGUUUUUUUUUUAUGGAAUGCCCCUUUAAUGUGCCCCCUUCCUGCUGCUUGAAGCAAUUGUAGAAGUGAGCUUGAAUACCAUGUAAAGGACACAUACUGUAGCCGAGCUUGACUGCAUUCAUUGAUUACAGUGGCACAUAGAUUCUCAGGAUUUAACUUGUUGUAGUAUGACUGAGUAUUUAGACCAUUUAAAACGAUGAAGAAAUAAAUAUUUUGAUUUGGUUGUUUUACAUCCUGUUGAUGCGGCGCAAAUUGUUGCACCGGAUUCUUGCCGGUUCAACUAGCACCAGUAGUUCAACAUGAUGUGUUGUAUGAGCACUUCGUUAAUGGGAGACGGGUUAUUGUUUACUAAGGGGUGGAAGCGAAUGCUGCGUUCAUGGCAAACGCGUUUUGAGCAUCAGCCACGAAUGGUUUACAUUCAAAACCCAUUGAGAGCGCAUAGCUGCGCGAUUUGAAGCGUUUUGACCGUUUGACGGGCGACCAACACGAUGCUGGUGUUGGUAAACCUGAACUCACUCUCGCUGCUCAACGUGGAGCAUCAACCAAUCAGAGACUUGGCUGUGUGACAUAAUGGCCUUUAGUUGGCGUCCUGCCAGGAGAUCCCGGCACCGAUGCGGGUUAGCAGGUCGUCAAACUGGGCUCAGGUGAGCUGAAAACCUCACUAAUAUCGACCGUAGUAGCAUUUGAAACUCACAAAACUCUCAACAAAAGUUUGCUUUUGGUGUGAACGCAGCAUAAGGGACAGAAGAGCAUGCGCGUUCAAUGAAGAGCUAAAAUCACAGCGUCAUCUAGUGGCCUGGCAUGACAACUACAGUUGAGUCAAAGUGUGUAAGCGGAAAAUUUCCCCAAUCAACAUCCAAAAAUACCGGCGGCUUCCAUGCAGCGGUCUUCUGUAAACGUAGCUUUAUUGACCAUUUACAAUAAAUCUUGGUGAUUCACAAUCAAUUACCCAUAAUACUAAUGGACUGCAAAACAAAAAGUGGCAAUUAAGCUAAAUCAAAAGAACAAGCUGAUGAAAAAGUAGAGCAAAAAAAAAAAGUUUAAAAAAGAAAACUAAUUUAUUUACCAUUUUGGGAAUUGCCUCACCAGCUAGCCUUUUGUGUGAAUCUUAGUCAAAGUUUUGUGAAAACUACUUUCCCCUUUAAGAUUUCUUCUGCUUUUGCUAACAGUUCAAUUUCAUUCCCAACCCUGUAGACCAACGUAAUCCCUCACAUAAAAUCUGCCAGACAAAAGAAAUAAAAAGGUCUUUUCUCUUUUUGACGGUCUGGCACAAUUCAUCUGGAAUUACAUAAGUGUGAGAAAAGUAAUAACAGAAGACAUCUAUGAGGGCAUGAAUAUGUUUUCACUGAAGUUUAUGUUGCAUUGUCCUGCCUAAACCCUGUAGCUUUAAUGCAUAUUUAUUUAACAAAGACACAAAAUCGUAAAAAUCACUCUGUACUGACAUUAUUCCCAAUAUUUCUUUUUUAAAAUGAAAAAUGGCUAGCUUGCAAAGUUGAACAAAUUAAAGCAAUGACUACUUUGUUUACUGCGUUGGUGAUGAGAGCAGAUUUCAGCUAACCUAUGUGUAUCAAAAGAAUGUGUUCCUGUAUGUAGACGUGGGAUUUUUAGGUAAGUUUCAUAGCUUUAGAAUAUAAGUUGCAGAGACAUGAAUGAAUAGUCUGAUCAGAUGAUAGUUGUUGGAUUGGCAUAGAUUUGUCUAGAAAUAACCAGAUUGCAAAUGUUAGAAAAAAUAAUAAAACUGUGUGAAACUUACAAGACAUUUUGCUUAGAGAGUCACUUUCCAACAAUAUCCAAGAGGUAUUAGUUUUGUCAUUUUAUUCAAGAGAAAACCUUUAAGGAAAUGAAAGAUGUUUUUUUUUUUAGCUUGUUAGCGGCGCUUUCAGAGUUUAGUGAUAGAUAAGAAAUGUCUCGCCGAUGGGAGAAAACAGUGAAAAUGACUCAUUACUCUGCAUGGAUCAAUCACUCGGUCACAAACACCCCAAGACAAUUAGACCUUCUGGUCGCCUCACCUUUGAUUCAUGAAUCAGUGCAGUGUAAUAAAUGAAAGCAAACAAAAGUCUGCUGUAGUUUGCAGCUCUGUAGCUGAAGCUGGUGUGAACAUGUGACUACACACACACACACACACACACCCACACACACACCCCUACACACACACAGGAGUGUAUGAUUCACUCCUCUAUUGAGAGUGAUUCAUCCUGAUCCUGCAUGAGGAAAUGACAUUAAAGCAGACUUCUCUACACUUCGUAUAAGUGACCAGAAAGUUGAUUUAAAGGUUAAAAAAACACAUUUUCUUCAUCUCUAUCCCCCGCUGAGGUUCCAUCAGCCCUCCAGCAGUGCACUCAUCCUGCCUAAAGCUGACGUAUUCCCCUUUCUCCAACAGAUUGAGACACUUUGUGAGAAUGUACAGCCUGCGUAGAAACAGAGAAAUAUGCAAGACAUGUUCAAGUUUUUAUUAGGGGUGCACAAUAUUAUCAGCAUGGUAUCGGUAUCGGUAUCAGCAUGGUAUCGGCAUUUGUAUUUGGUAGCAGGCUACAUCGACAAAGAUAAUGCAGUAUUUUAAUUCCACAGUAGAAAAGCCAUGUAGUUUCAGUGAAAAAAAUAUUGGUAAUCAGCCAAAUGUAUUGUGCAUCCCUAGUAUUCAUGUUUGCCCCAUUUCUGUAGGUCUGAUUUGUUUUUCUUCUUUCAUUUCCAGUUUAUUAAGAGUAUCACCAUCCUCAAAGUGAGCACUUAUUAGAUGUAAUAUGAUUGCACUCAAAGAGUGUACCACAGUUCAAGUGCCUGUGUACAGUGUCUAAGGUUUUUUGAGUUCAGAUGUUUUGUUACUUUAACUGUGUUUUUAUUUUGCAUCUUUUUUUCCCAUUUGUGUUUUUUAUGUAAUUUCUUUUAUAUAUUUUGGAACUAAUGAAGGAUUUUCAUGAAGUCACAAACAUGGAGCCUUGGAGACUCACGAAAACUGUAAAAACUUGGCAACAUUAUAGAGACUUACAUUACAAACAGGUUGCCAAUUAACACAUACUGUAUGUUAACAUGAUGUAUUAGGGUCAUGUAGCAUUUUGAAAGCUUAAACAUGUUACCAGGUACUUUCACAAGGCUGUUUGUCAACAGAAAUGAGCGAUACUGUACAUAUUUAAUGCAUGUACAGUAGUUUUAUCAAGUACCUCCAUUAUAGAGGCAUCAAGAUAUGUAAUCUGCAGCAUAGUGAUGUCUGUGGGGAGGCUCACUGUGAAUCUCUGAGAUUUUAUUACUUGAUACAAACACAUCAGGACUUGGUCCCCCCACCCCAAAAAGCUGAAUGUCCUAUGUAGUUACCUACUAAUGUAAAAUGCAUUGUGUAAAUGUGAAUUUCUUAGAGUUGAUACGAAAUAGAAAAACAUGCUUUAAAACGGAAAAAAAACUGAAAUAUGUGCAACGGUAAUAAAACCACAAUAAAAAGAUUUAAUUGCA